AUGGAGGCGACCCGGCCGGGCCGCUCCAGGAGGCGCCCGGCCACGCAGCAGGCGCUCCGCCUCGGGCUGGCGCUGUUGGUCGUGGCCGCGGUGCGGCCGGCGCUGCCGCGCCAUGGCGGCCGCAGCGGGGCCGGGAUGUGCGCCCUGCUGCCCGGCAUGGCGGCCGCGGGGCCGCAGACGGCCGGCAGCUACACCUACGAGCCGACGACGGACCUCCUGGGCUCGGGCGCCUACGCGAAGGUGUUCAAGUGCCGGGACCCGAGCGGCAACGUCCGGGCGCUGAAGCAGUUCUUCACGGGCGACAAGGCGGUCAUGGACCGGGAGGUGGAGGUGCACAGGCAGAUCGGUAAGCACCCCAACGCGGUUGAGAUGAUCGAGGCGGUGGACGUGGAGGGGUCUCCGGGCUGGAAGAUGAUCGUCAUGGGCGGACCUGAUCGCCAACUUCGGCGUCGGCGAGGCCGAGCGGCCCGCCUGAUCGGCGACCUCGCGCCUCGCAGCCUAUCGGCCACGUCCGCGGGCCCAACGACAGCGAGGAGCGUACGCGAGCCGAAGGAGCUCGCCCAGGGGCAGGAGCUCGGCGACAUGCUCGAGCAGCGCGGCAAGCUCAGCGAGGCGGAGGCGAAGCCGAUCUUCAAGCAGCUCGUGAACGUCAUCCAGCACCUCCACUCGCAGAACGUCCUGCACCGCGACCUGAAGCCCGACAACAUCUUCGUGGGCCCCAACGGCAUAAAGCUGAUCGACUUCGGGUCGGGCCACUGGGCGAAGGACGGGCCGCUGGAGGCGAGCAAGUUCAUCGGAAGGGGCCAGGGGUUCACGGCGCAGCCUAGCUUUUAUCAGAGGGAGCGAACAAAUGGAAUUUAG